AUGGCCACCUUCGCAACCCUGCGCGCCCUACACACGCUCCUCGGCGACGCGCUCGCCGAGAUCGAGCGUGUCUACCACGCACCGCCUGCAGGUGGGGGCCCGGUCGACUAUCCUUCGCUCGACGUGCCGGUCUACAAGGACAGCGCACCGAGUGGCAACACGCGUGCGGCGGAGGAUCUGACAUCAGAUCCGACUGUCGUGACCGCGGCGAACACGAUCGUGGCUGCCUGUGGCCAGAUCGCGGCGACGCUGCACAAGCCGUUUUUCCAGCUUUGUGAAGCGAACAUGGGUGAAAUCAUAACUUCGUGCAUCGGCUUCGCCGAGGCCACGCAUACAGUCGAGAUCCUGCGCGCCGCCGGCGGGGAAGGCCUGCAUGUCCACGACAUCGCGCGCAGGAUCAACGACCUGCGGCGCGCUGUGGACGCCAAUAUAGCCCCGCUCGAUCCCGGCAAGCUGGGUCACAUCUUGCGCCUCCUGGCGACCCACCACUGGUUCCGGGAGGUCCGCCCUGAUGUGUUCGCGAAUAAUCGUUUGUCGGCCCAGGUGGACUCAGGAAAGACCCCGGAAGAGCUGCGUGCGGUCCCGGAGAAGAAGUACGAUGAUACGGACGGUGUGGCCGCGCUCGUCGCCAUGAAGACCGACGAGUUCUGCAAGACCGCAACGCACCUUACAGACCACCUCCUCCCCGAACGCGCCCGCACCCUCGCGACGCGGACGCUCCUAGACCCCGCGCGCUCGACCGCGCCUGCCGCGACCGUGCGGUACCAGACGCCCUUCAACCUCGCGUUCCGCACGGAGCUUGGCUACUUCCAGUGGCUCGAGCUCCCGGAGAACGCGCGCCGCAUGACGAACUUCGGGCGCGCGAUGGUCGCCGCGCGCGCGUGGGAGGUCGCGGAGAAUAUUAUUGACGCGUUCCCGUGGAAGGACCUCCCGGAGGACGCGGUGGUCGUCGACGUGGGCGGCGGGAUCGGCUCGACGUCCAUGGUGCUCGCGAACGCGUACUCCCACCUGCGGUUCGUCGUGCAGGACAGACCGAUCGUGGUCGCCGUCGCCCCAUCGCUCUGCGACAAGUUGAACGCGGGGCUCAUCGCAUCCGGCCGCGUCUCCUUCAUGGCACAGGACUUCUUCGACCCACAACCUGCCUCGCUCGACGUCCCAGGGGUAGGCACCGUCUCCGCGCCAGCAGUCUACCUCAUCCGCGGCUGCGUCCACAACUGGCCCGACUCCGCCUCUUCCCGCAGGAUGCUCGGCCUCCUCCGCUCCAGAGCCGCCCUAACAACACAGCUCCUCAUCGUCGACACCGUCCUCCCCUACGCCUGCCCCGACUCCACCUCCGACCCCACCUCCGAGCCGAUCCCGGGCGCGCUCUGCACGCUGGUCCCAGACGGCUCGCCCCUGCUCGCGAACCUCGGCAGGACGCACGCGAGCCUGUACCAGCUCGAUAUCUGCAUGAUGACGCUGCUGGACGCGAAAGAGCGUACGAUAAGGGAGGUGGCGGCGCUUGCGCGUGAGGCUGGGUGGGAGGUGACGGGGACGACGCGCGGGGCGGGGUCGUUGUGGGGGUAUACGGCGGCUCGGCCUAUCUGA